UGUAAUGUUCAGGUUCAGAAAUGCCUUAUGUGGAUCGUCAAAAUCGUAUUUGUGGUUUUUUAGAUAUUGAAGAAAAUGAAAACAGUGGUAAAUUUCUGCGUAGAUAUUUUAUAUUGGAUACAAAAGAAGAUAAUUUGGUAUGGUAUAUGGAUAAUCCACAGAACCUUCCCUCUGGAUCUCCACCAGUUGGAUCCAUUAAGCUUACCUACAUUUCAAAGGUAAGUGAUGCAACUAAACUGAGGCCAAAGGCAGAAUUCUGUUUUGUCAUGAAUGCAGGAAUGAGGAAAUACUUUUUACAAGCCAAUGAUCAGCAAGACUUAGUUGAAUGGGUCAAUGUCCUAAACAAAGCUACCAAAAUCACAGUACCAAAGCAGGCUGACUCAUUGUCUCAUACUGAUAAUGCAUUGCGUCAUUCUGAAAAUUUGGGAAUAAAAAAACAAAUGUCUUACAGAACAGAAAUUGUUGGUGGUGUUCCUAUAAUCACUCCUACUCAGAAAGAAGAGAGAAACGAAUGUGGUGAAACUGAUAAAAACUACGUGAAACGCUCCCAAAGCCAUCUUCCAUACUUUACUGCUAAGUAUCCUCCAGACAAUGCUGUUAUAAAAGCUGGCUACUGUGUGAAACAGGGAGCAGUGAUGAAGAACUGGAAAAGAAGGUAUUUCCAACUGGAUGAAAACACAAUUGGCUAUUUUAAAUCAGAAUUGGAUAAGGAGCCUCUUCGGAUUAUACCACUGAAAGAAGUUCAUAAAGUCCAAGAAUGUAAACAAAGUGAUAUUAUGAUGAGAGACAAUCUUUUUGAAAUUGUAACAACUUCUCGAACAUUUUAUGUACAAGCAGAUAGUCCAGAAGACAUGCAUAGCUGGAUUAAAGCAAUUUCUGGUGCAAUAGUAGCCCAGCGGGGACCUGGAAGAUCAGCAGCUUCCAUGCGGCAGGCCAGAAGGCUGUCGAAUCCUUGUAUACAGAGGUAUACAUCAAGAACUGGUGAAUGUAGCACGAGCAUUCCAGCUGUUCAGAAUCCAGCUGUCCUGCAAAAACAGCAGCAGUCACCUCACAUUCCACAACCACUCACAGCCCCACUUUGGUCCAAACCCUUAACAGCAAACCCCUUGUCUUGGAGAAGCGAAGAUUUCACGAAUCUUUUACCACGGCCAAACCAGGGAGCUUCAAGAUCCAGGCUGUCCCUUCAAGAGACUCAACUUCCAAAGUGACUCUACAGGGCUUAUUGGAACCUCAAAAUAAAAAUGGCACUCAGGAACAGGAUCCUGAUCCAGUGGAUCUGGAUGAUGCAAGCCUUCCAGUUAGUGAUGUGUAAUAAUGGGGAGGAGUCUGGAAAAUUAAGAAUUGUUUUGGUCCUUGAAUUUCUUUUCUCAGACUUUUAGCCAAAGAUGGAAUGAAAGAACAAAAAAUAGAAUGUUGCUUAUGUUGACCUUUGUGUGUGCAUACAUUCAAAAUUUUGUAUGUUUAAUUGUCAUAUGCUGCCUUGUACUGUUUAUCAGAACAGACCUUUUGCUUUUUCUGUAGCCUGAUGACAAAUCUUUUUAAUAGGAAGGGGCCAAAAUACUUGAUCUAAAAGUUAUGUAAGCAAGGUACCAGCUGCUCUUCAUCUGUUUGGCAAAAUUGAAAAAAUCUUAAUGCUAUUUUUUAAGCCAACAUACAGCUUAAUUAUACUGUAAUUCAGGCUACUGACAACCAAGUUGGCUUAUUUUCUAAAAUACUGGCACAGUCUUUUGGGCAUCUAGAUCUAUGUAUAGUGUUCUUUGAAUGUCAGGACUGCAGAGUGUAACAGUAGAGGCGAUGUAAUGCACUUUUCCUAUGCAAAGAGAUUUUUCAUGUUAAGAAAAACCAUGCUGCAGUGUCUGAAAUGAGGUAUGUUUUCCUUACAAUGGAUACUUAGAUUUGAGCAGUCUAUGUAUUCGAGGCACGAAAACUGCUCAUAACAAAUAUAGUAUUUGUUAAAGUACAAUAAGUGAGAAUCUCUAUGAGAAAAGAAACCUUACAAGAAAGGCCCACAGAUUAUUUACGCUAACCUAAAUGUGCUGACUUAAUUGGAGCUUCUGAUAAAUGCUUUGUAAAUCACUGCCCUUCCAUAGAAUCCAGUUCCUUUAGAAUUACAGAAAAUUGGUGCUGUGAAAUUUACAUGACCAUAAUACAGCUAUUUUGAAUAUUAAGCCUAUUUUUGAUGCACUCCUAAAAGUAAGUUGUAACUUUUGCACAUUUGGAUAUUAAUGGACCACCAAAAUAAAGAUAUGUAGAUUUUUUAAAAAUAGGGAACAUGAGCUAUUAAAUCUUUUAAAGGUUCAACUAAAAUAUUUUAUAAUGGGCUUUGCAGUAAUUAAAUGUUUAAAACUAUUGUUCGAAAUUUUGUUUUCUCUUGUGUGAUCUCCCCCCCCCCCCUUUUCAGUGAGUUGUAACUGGUUCCCAUUUUAUAUUUUGGUCAGUAAAAGACUGAACAAACUCUGCUUCAUGCUAUUAAUUGGUACUGAAUUACUCAAUCAUGCAACUGUGGCCUGUAACUUCUGUGCACUAUAUUUAUUAAAAGUGCCUGUGGGUUCUUUCUUCGUGUUACAUUAAAGGUUUGGGGGUUAGAUGGAUUUAUUUUUGUUGUUUUGAGCCUUGUAUGAUAUUGUUCAGCAUGUGUAUAAGGUGAAAUGUUAGUACAAUUUCCAGCAUACUGGUAUCUGUGAGCUGUGCAUGAUGAUUUUUAAACUGGAUAUUUGUUCAGUUCCAGUGAAUAAUAAUAAGUUUAAGAAGCUGAUGCUGGAUAACUGAUCAAAAUGAGAAUGCACUAUUUUAUAGUUAAGUAGAAAAAAUAUCUGUUUAAUCAACAAAAGGCCCAAAGUUUCACAUGCUGCUGCUUUAUGCAAUUCAUAUCUUCCAUUGUAUAUUUUUUUGUAUGUUAUGCUUGAUAAAUCACAGGUAAGAAUGAACAAAGAUAUUUAAGCAAAAAAACCUUCGCUAUUCCAGUGAAAUAGGUAUUCAUUUGAAUUAUGUCUUAGUGGAGCAAAUUCCAAAAUUUUGAAAUUAGUCAAAUAGGAUCUUCCCUUAAUUUAUGAGCAGUAGUGUACUGCUCCUUUUAAAUUUUCACUUUAGUGACAAGAUAGAAAGGAGAUGACUCUGCAACUCCUUCCCAUUUCAGUGAGAGAACUAUGGAUAGCUUUUCACUCAGCUAAUUUGCCCCAGCUUGAAAACUUCAUUGGCAGAAAACAGUAAUUCAGGGCCUCGUAUAAUUUUUUUUUGUCUUUACUGGCAGUGGCACUAUAUGGAUUGACUUGACUGUACAUAUUGUCACAGCUUUUAAAAAAUAUUGUGAGUUUAAAAAAUAUUUGUUACCUGAUUGCUUAAAUUCUAGUAGCAGUGAGAGCAAGGAGCCUUUUAUUUUAUGCUAUUUGAGAACUUCAGUUAGACCAGUGGUUCUUAAAUGGGGGAGGGGGCUGUAAUUUAGGCAUAUCCUGAGGGCAAUGGAACAAUUUGUAAUUGCAUGUUUGUGAGUCAAGGAUCCAGUCUGGGACUGACACUGCCAAGAUGCUUGUGCUAAACAACGGAGUCUGGGUUUUUUUGUGGAGGUAAUGACAUUAUUUGGGACUGUGAAAACGGUAAUUGGGUCAAACAGUUUAAAAGCCACUGAGUUAGACAGUGACCAGCACAUACCUGCUUUCUGUGUGCUAUAUGUGUAAAAUUGGGUGUACAGAGUAAUGUUAGCAGUCCAGUUGUGUGCUAAUUUCCAUGUAUAUCCUAUUUUCAAUCCACCUACAUCUUCUACAGUCAUGAGCUGUACUGAUCUGCAUCUUGAAACAUGACAUUUUCAUUUGCAGUGUUUGACUGCCUUUAACUAAAUGUUCUCUAGCUUCGAAUUAAUUUCCCCAGAUAUAACUUCCCCACAAAAUAUUGAUCUAAAGUUUUGUCUACAAAGCCGUUUGUCAUAUGACCUUUAUAUUUACAAGAAGAGUCUCAUUUGGCACUUGGACAAGGGAUCUGUCCUUUUUUGCCACCCCUUUCAGUUUUUUCAUAAGCUCAUAUAUUGAUAGGCACAAGUAUUUUCUAUCACUGAUGCAAAAUGAAUUGGUCGUUUUCCAGUUUUUUCAUUAAGUUUGUCUCAUGUUGGGAAUUUUCACUGUUGUUCCCACUUAGCUACAAUUCUGUUUGUCAGCAAAGAAACAGUUUGAAUCGCGGAGGUCAGCUACUGUAAUCGCGGAAAUUUGCUACAGAGUUCCUUUCAAGAAUACACCUGUUCUACUGUUAAGCAUACUGACUGUGUUUAUGGAAAGUUACAUGGAUCAAACCUGUUGAUAUUAAAAAUAGAAAUAAAAAAAUGGACAAGGCCUAAAAAGAAAGUAGAAUGCCAAAUUUCUGUGAUGUUAUUUCAGAUCACUCCAAUAUAGCAGUACCUUUAUAUUAAUUAUAAGCUAAAUAUUUACAAGCAGUGUUUGUAAGCUACAUUUUAUUUGCCUUCUCAGUUACAUGUGAAUUAAGGUAAAUGUUCUAUUCAGUAUAAAUCAGGAGCAUACAUUUUAACUUGUAACAGAUUUAGCAAGUAGGUAUGUGAGACUUUAUUUUUCACAAUGUGUGUUUUGUGGGAGAAACUGAGUUGGAUUGUUUGUUGUAUUGCCAUACCUUGAUGUUGUGCUAGAUUUACUGGUUCUGGUACAAUUUCCACAUUGCAUGUUCAUUUUAUUCUUUGAGUAUUACUGGUUUUCAAUAAUGAAUUGUAAUCACAGCUGCACUCUUAUGGAUUCAUUUAAAAUCAAAUUGCUCAGAUAGUUCAGUAGUGUGGGAAAUGCUUGUGGUUGGCAAAUUGUCAGGGCUUUUUAUUUAUCAGUACUUUUUAUAUAAAAUUGAAGAAAAUUGUUAACUUAUUUGGAACCUGUGGUGUUUUCUGUAAAUGUCACUCUUGUUAAUAAAUUGACAUAAAUAAUGAA